AUGGCAACUAAUAUAAAUAAAAAGAUUGGUUUUAUCGGUUCUGGACAUAUUGCAAGAGCAAUAAUAUCUGGAAUGAUUUCUUCUGGGAUACUAGAUUGUAGUAAGGUUUAUGCAGCAGACCUCCUUCACGAAGCCUCACUCUUGUUGAAAGAGGAGAUGGGGAUAAAUGCUGUCACAAAUAAUUACCAAGUGGUUGAAAACUCAGAUAUAGUUUUUUUAUGUGUUAGACCAGAUGUAGCCCGAUCAGUUUUAAAAUCUAUUGCACAGUGUCCAUUGAAUCAAGAUUUUUUUACAGGUAAUAAAAUUAUCAUAUCUGUUUGUGCUGGAAUAACAAUUGACGAUAUUAUUGAGACAUUUGGAGGUAAUAAGAAUUUAUAUUGUGUCAGAGUUAUGCCUAAUAUGGCAAUAUCUGUACGUGCAGGUACUUGGCUCUUCUGUGAAAAUCCAGAUGCUAAUUUCAAAAGCAAUAAUAGGAUAACAAUUGAUGAAAUUAUUCAUAUUCUAAGUUCAUGUGGAACAGUUCACAAAUUGAGUGAAAGUUUAUUCUCAAUUGGCACAGCUAUCAGUGGUUGUGGCCCAGGUCUUUGUGCAAAUAUACUAAAUCAUCUUGCAGAGGCAGCUUCAAAAAAUGGAAUUCCCACACAACUAGCCACGCAAUUAGCGAUCGAAGUAAUGUAUGGUACAUCCAAGAUGUUGAUGGAAUCGAAAGAAUCUCCAAUUGACUACCAAAAUAAAGUGUCUACAAAAGGUGGUGCUACACAAGCUGGAAUAGACAUAUUAGAGCAGUAUGGGAUUGGAGAAGUAUUUUUGAAGUGCCUUACUGGAGCAGCUAAUCGUUGUGAUGUAUUACAAAGGGAAGCUAGAAAUUAA